AUGUUGACUGAACUAACCUGGGAAGCUGUCGGUGCCACGAAGCGGGAAGAGCUUCUCUCCUCCAUCCCGCCAGAAUGGAUCAUCCCAGCGGAUAUUUUCCCUCCACACUCCCAGACCGACGUCACCAGCUUUCCUCAAACGUCGGGCUGGUUUACUCCCUCUGAAUUGGAGAUCACAGGCUCAACAGCCUCUGAAAUUCUCGCGAAGACCACGACGGGCGUUUGGAGCGCUGAAGCCGUGACUCGCGCAUUCUGCAAACGUGCUGCUGCCGCCCAUCAACUGACAAACUGCCUUUCUGAAACCCUCUUCCCAGAGGCCUUAAGAGAUGCAAAGGCGCUCGACGCUCACCUGGCCGCUACCGGUAAACCGUUGGGCCCCCUUCAUGGCCUCCCGAUCUCUCUCAAGGAUAACUUCAACAUUAUCGGCAAGGACUCGACACUGGGUUUCACAGGCUGGGUCAAUGACCCUGCUACUUACAAUAGCGUAAUGACUGAUCUCCUGCACGAUGCGGGCGCGGUGCUGUAUGUCAAGACGAACGUGCCGACGGCGAUGAUGAUUGCCGAGACGGUGAAUAAUGUGUAUGGGCGCACGUUGAAUCCACGCAAUCGACUCCUGACGUCGGGCGGAUCAUCGGGCGGCGAGUCAGCUUUGAUUGCGUUUGGCGGUAGUCCUCUCGGCGUUGGGACGGAUAUUGGUGGCUCCCUCCGAAUCCCCGCCGCCUGCACUGGAAUCUUCACCUUGCGCCCCUCCUUCGGCCGUUUCCCCAACUUCUUGACAAAAUCCGGCCUGGCCGGUCAAGAAUCCGUCCUGAGCGUCAACGGCCCAAUGGCCCCGACUCUCGACUCUAUUAAGCUCUUCGCCUCCGCAGUGACAAACAGCCAGCCUUGGAUCCGGGAUCCUAAGUGUAUACCGAUUCCAUGGCGGACCGUUGAGCGCAAGCAGCGCCUGAAGCUGGCCGUGUUGUGGGAUGAUGGUAUGGUCCGACCGACGCCGCCAGUUCGCCGCGCACUGAGAGAGACGGUGCAUAAAUUGCGAAGGGCUGGACAUGAGGUUGUCAAUUGGGAGGCAACGGGACACAAUGAAGGCAACGACAUUUUGGAUCGCUUCUUCCUUUCCGACGGCGGCAAGACCGUGCAGCAAAUCCUCGCGACAGCCAAAGAACCCAUCCGUCCCGAAAUGGACCGGUACGACCGUGCUAAGGACGGCGGCGUGCAGGCGCUGUGGAAACUGCACGUUGAACGCAAUAAAUUCCAGCAAGAAUAUAUGGAACGGUGGAAUGCGUGCGAAGGACUUGAUGGAUUGUUGACCCCAACAACUCCGUUUGCGACCGUUGAGCACGGCCUCUUCAAGCACGUCGGCUACACGGGCGUAUACAACAUCCUCGAUUAUUCCUGCCUGUCGUUCCCGUGUGGCGUCCACGUUGAUGCCGCCGUAGAUGUCCCCACUGUGAAUGAGACUGCGCUCAGUAAACUUGAUGGCAAGGUGCAGAGCGAAUACAACCCCUCCGCCGUCCACGGCCAGCCUGUCAGUCUACAGCUGGUAGGCCGCAGGCUUGAUGAAGAGAAGGUGGUGAUGAUGGGAGAGGUUAUCUUGGACGCGCUCAAGGGGACGGCUGUGAAUGGCAGUGGGAGUGGGAAGUCUCAAGCAUCGUCGUCUACUUUGUGA